AUGCCGGUUGUGCCCGACUCCAGAAAAUUUUAUAUUGUACACGAUGGGAGAAUAUUUCGAUUUCUAAUAGACUCAAGAAUAUCUACAUUUAGCCUCUCUAGUGUAGAAUCUUCAAAAGAGGUGCAAAUAUCCGGUAAUUUUACAAAGCUAUUGAGUAUCUACCCACUAGACGGGUCCACGCUCGCAAUUGCAGGCCUAGACAAUGAUGGUAAAAAUUGUACCUGGUUGUGCAGUGUUGAAGGGUCAAAUGUAAGCCCGUAUGCCCAGAUUUCUGACAAUUUGCCCCUGGCCGUGCAGUCAGAUCUGCAUAUAACAUACAUCUUGGCCAAUGAAACAACCCUUGAGCUCUGGGAUCACAAGCUGGCUCAGCCCUUCAAGAAGCAAUUUGACGAGGUUAUCCUUGCCAUUGAAGUUAACCGUAGGCUAGGCAUUUUAGCUGCCUUUGGCGAAAAAAGCAUCCAUUUGAUAGAGGAGGAUUCGGCACAUGAAGUUAAGCACAAUUCGACAAUAAAGUUAUCAGAUGGAAGCAGGGUACACCCUCUGGCCUGGGGUCCGCUAAAAACGCUUGCAAUAGGAGGAGAUAGGGUAGUAAGGUAUAUUUCCGGUUCCAAAUGGUCUCUAUAUAGCUUCCAAACUGCAGCAGGGUCUACGCAUGUCAGUACUAUUACAUUGGUACGCUUUUUAGCACAGGGCGAUAAUACCCUACUAGUUACUGGCUCCAACGACGCCCUUAUAAUUUGGGAUUUUGAUGAAGAAGCACAGUUGAGCAAGAUAAGCCGAAGUCUAGCUUGGCCUUCAGUUGUCGAUUUCUUUCAAAAAGAUGGCAAACUUUUUCUCUACUACCACGACGAAGCCGAAUUGCACGUGGAACCUUUGGAAAUCGGAGGAAAGAAGAAGAAGAAUUUGGUGAAGGGAAGCUCUAAUUUUGUGGAUCUUGACGCUGAGGAGAGCCCAGUGCAAGAAGAGUUAUUUGUUAGUCCGACAAAGCAUUCAACAUCCACACCCUCUAGUCUGGGCGAUGAUAACACUAUUGUGGACGGAGACUACCAAAAUGAUUCACUACACACAAUGGUUAUAAAUAUGCAAAAGAAAAUUAAUGCACUCGAGUCCCUUCUUGGGAAUUUGUCAAAAAAUGCUGAGUGUGAUGAUAUGAUCGUUACACCCGGCCAGUGUCCACCGCCAAUAGACGCAGCCGAUCAAUGGUGUAUGUUUUGGAAUCAGUUGGGCCAUGUAUCAAAGUCAUCUGUGCUAGGCAAUCAAACAAUUCACAUUCACAUGUUCUCCGGACCACAUGCAGGCAAUAUCAAGGUGGCGGAUAAGUAUAAUUGUUCUUUAGUGUCGCUUUACUCUAACGGAUACGCUGUAUCGGCGGAUAUCCAGAACUCAGACACAGCAAAUUCAAUCCUCUCCUUCAGUCUAUUCACUGGGGCCGCCAAUUGGGAACGACGAACCCGUGCAGGUGAGACCAUCAAGGCUAUAGCCCUAGGGGCCACUUUUUUGGCAAUGGUAACCAGCGCCAAUACGCUUUACGUCUUCUCCCCAGGCGGCAGCUUGCUGUCGGCCUCGCAGCUAUCCGGCCCAUGCGCUGCGCUUGCAGGGCAUGGGCCCUUGCUAAUUGUCAUAACCAAAUUUGGUGCCAUAGAUAAUUGGACCGGAUUAGCACAUUAUCAGCAUGUGUUGUUCGUAGUAGAUUCAGUCAAGAGCUACUCAAAGGACAGAGCAGGCUGUUUAACGAUACUGUCCAAAGAGACGUUUUCGUUGCCAAACCCGAUCAAUGGCACUGUUGGGAUCGAUUGGAUCAAUAUUUCUGACAAUUUAAUCUGCCACAUUAGGUCUCAAGGCACUGUUUAUGGGCUGUAUCCCACAGGCAUGGAUCUGGCCGGUCAAUUCAUUCUGCAUUGGAUGCCCCUAGUCAACCUGCAGGACAUGGGCAACUCCGUGAACUCGCUUCUGUUCCCCCUCUACGUCGAACUAGAUAAGAUCUGCUACGUGAAGCUGCGUCCAGGGCAUCUUUAUCCCACCUCAAGCGUGCCGGUCAACUUCUUCGGCUACUCUCUCCUUAAAUCAUACCUACGUAUAGACCCGCUGGUAGCCAGUGCAGUGCCCCUCAAGAGGUACAACUCGCUGCUGUCGGAGGACCCUCAGCUUAAGGAAAUGGUAAAGGGAGAGGACGGUAAUCUGCGAGUGGCGGACGAAGUUGUGGCACUGGACUGGAUGAUUUAUGACGAGAUGCGGUACCGUCUGUCCCUGUAUGCCAACCAGUUCAGCUUUGCUUCGCUUUUGACACAGAGUGGCGCCUUAGACCCGGCCAUCCAUGUGCCAGUUGACAGCUGGUCAGCCAAGAUCAGCGAAUGUCACAAAAUAUCUGACAAGUGGGCGUUGAGGAUCAUUCGGAAGACAUUUGAGGACAAGAAGACCCAGUGCACUUCCCGCGAAGCGCUGUACAUGAUCAAGGGUGUCAAGGGUCUAGACAUUGCGGCCUCUAUUAUCGGCCCUCUCAACCAGCAAUUUGUUGAAGACGCCAGGAAGAUCAAGUUACGCCGCCUGGAGGCAGAGUCUCCGACUCUGUCAUAG